AUGUCCGAAUUGGCAGCAGUAGCGCAUCGAGUUCCCAGCCGAGGCGGUGUUGUGUUUGGUGCCAAGAGCGGUGAUGACUGCGGGCGUGCAGGCUGUUGCAGACAUGCAAGGCAUGUCGCAGCAUGUCUCUCGCCAGCAGAAAUCGCUGCCGAUUCCGCCACUUUCGGCGCAAAGUCGAGACGGUCCAUCGACAGCAAGGAAUAG